GCGGCGCGGGCGGCCGGUUGUGGAGACCCAACAUGGCGGAGGUGAGGAGCGGCGGCGAUAACGGAGGCGAUAACGGAGGCCAUGGCGGCCGCGGUGCCCCGGGGCCCGCCCGCACCGAGCUCCUCAGCACCGUGGUGGACGCGUUCCUCGAGAAGCUGACGGCGGCCGGGAGCUUCCAGCGCUUCUCCAGCUGCUACCGUGGGUUCUGCCGGCUGCGGCCGGAGCUCACCGGGAGCGUCCACAGCCAGUUCGUGCCCCAGCUCCGGGACUCCAUCCGGGCGGAGUUCCGGGAGGUGAUGGAGGAAGCGAACCUGGAGGCGGUGCUCAACCACCUGGACGGGAUCGUGGAGGACGGAGAGCCCCAAGAGGAGCCUGCGUGGCGGCCCAGUGGGAUCCCGGAGGAUGACGCCCGCAGUGCCCUGGUCCCAUCCCUGCUCCAGCACCGCUCGUGCCUGCUCCGAGCCCUCCGGACCAAGCAGGAGGAGAACAGGAAAGCGGCAGAGUCGGUGCUGGAGGGAAGGGGCCGCAUCCGGGAGCUGCAGGAGCAGAUCCAGGCCCACAGACAGGGCUGGAAGGCACUCAAUGAAAAGCAGCAGGAGCUGAUCCUGAGCCUCCAGGAGCCGCAGUGAGGAUGUGGGGAUGCCCUGGGGCUUGAUCCUCAUCCUUACUCCGGAUUGGAGCCAAGGAAUCACCAAGGACACAGCCGCAGCUUUGGGAACUGGGGGCAGAUUCCUGCUCUCGGCCCAGCAGGGAGGAGAAUCCUGGGGGGAAAACGUGGUUGUGGCUCCUUACAACAUGAACUGAAUCCCUUGAGGGACUGGGAAGGGAAUGGGGGCCUCAUGCAUGGAACAAGGGGCUGGAACCCCCGGAGUCCACAUCCAGAACUGGUGUUUGGAAUAAAGAUCCCAUGGGAUGCUCCGCACCAUGAGGUUGCAAUGUCCAUGCCUGGAAACUAUGGAGCCCAUUGGCACCCCCUCAGGACCCUGCCUGCUUUGGGCAUGGUUCCCUCCUCUGGCACUGCUGCUUCCCACUGUUUUAUCAUCAACGGGAGCCACCAUUCCCUUGGGAUGGGCUCCUGCCGGCACUUGGCUCCCGUGCUCUGUACUUAGGGCUUUGUCGGACACGGGCUCUGCUCCAGCCCUUCCCUCCUCCGGUU